AUUUUUAUAUACAAUUUAUUGAUGUAAUAUGUUGAAACGAAGACUGAUACGCAUUGUUUUACAGGCAAGUUCAAGAAAUGUCACAAAGCAUAUUGUUGUUCGCAAAUAUUUUCACCAACCUGAAUUUAAAACUACAAGAUAUGACGUGGCAUGGAAAUCGCUACGAAUACAGUCCCAUCAAAUCCACACAAGUAUUCAACUACAAGGGAUAGAAGAGGUAAAAUCACCAACUUUCCCCGAUUCUGUUACUAGUGGUGACAUCAAAUUAAUAAAGAAAGAAGGCGAUGCAGUUGCAAUGGACGAAGUAGUGCUAGAGAUAGAAACAGACAAAACCGCGUUACCCGUGAUGUCUCCAGGCAAUGGGAAGAUCGUCAAGAUGUAUGUGAAGAACGGGGAUUCUGUUAAGUCGCAGCAACCGUUGUUUCAAGUGGAUGUGACAGGCGUAGCGCCGGCACCAGCAGCGCCCGCCCCCGCAGCCCCCGCGGCACCAAAACCCGCCGCCCCCGCUCCCGCUGCCCCCGCGCCCGCCCCCGUAGCUCCCAAACCAGCUGCUCCAGCCGCAGCGCCCGCACCAGCUAAAGCGGCGAAACCUGCGGCACCGGCUGGACCGACGUUGGCUGCGCAAAAGCUCGGCGAUCCAUCGAAGGUUAUAUCGGGCACCCGUACAGAGUUCCCAGUUCCCAUGAACAGGAUGAGGAAACGGAUCGCUGAGAGGCUAAAAGAGGCGCAGAACACUUGCGCAAUGCUGACUACUUUUAAUGAGUGUGAUAUGAGUAAGCUAAUGGCAUUCCGUAAAGCGAAUUUGGAAGCGUUUACAAAGAAGUACGGCGUGAAGCUCUCCUUCAUGUCACCAUUUCUGAAGGCCGCGGCAAACGCGCUGCAAGACCAGCCCGUUAUCAACGCAGUUAUUAUCGGGGAUGAUGUAAUUUACAGAGAUUAUGUCGAUAUUUCUGUGGCUGUGGCUACACCAAAGGGUCUUGUUACUCCUGUUAUACGAAAUGUGGAAUCAAUGGACUAUCCACGUAUAGAAUUAACAAUUGCAUCUGUCGCUGAGAGAGCCAGAAAUGGAAAGCUAACGCCAGCGGAUAUGCAAGGUGGUACGUUCACAAUAAGCAACGGGGGAGUGUUCGGCUCCUUACUGUCCAUGCCCAUUAUAAACAUGCCACAAUCAGCUAUACUCGGCAUGCAUGCUAUUGUGCAGCGGCCCGUCGCUAUACAGGGCAAGGUUGAAAUAAGACCAAUGAUGUACUUGGCGCUGUCAUAUGACCACAGAUUAGUAGAUGGCCGUGAAGCUGUGUUCUUCUUGAAGAAAGUACGAUCGGGAGUAGAAGAUCCUACGUCUAUAUUAGCGGGAAUUUAAGUUAGAAUAAAAUAAUUACCCCCAUGAUUUGUAAGGAAAGCUGAGGAUAGGUCUAUUAUCUAUCUACUGUUUAACUUUCGAUUGGAACACGUAUUUAGGUAUAUUGUUGUAUUAUAAUGAUGUGGAUACAAUAUAAAACUCAAAGGUUGUUAAGAUUGAUCUCUAUUUACGACUGGUUCAUAUUAAUUAAUUUUUAAAUAUUUCUACAUUGUUAUGACUUAGUAUGCCCAUACAUAAUUUGUUACUACCAUAUUUGUUUGUGUACCAUAAUGUUCCAUAAGAUGAUUACAGUUUCUACAUAACUUUGCCCAAUUUAAUUAAUAAUUUACAUUCAUUAUACAGAUUUGAAGUUUACUGAUAUUGUAAAACAUCGCCUUGGUGUAUUACCUACUGAUGAGAUAAGUAUAAUAUUUCAUCACUCUAGACCAGAUAU